CGAGACCCGAGGGAUCGGAUCGGCACUCAAAGCCGGCAGCGUGACACCUCCACCAACAGCAACAGUACAGACAGUGUGCAGUCUGCGCAUCUCUUCGCUUCCUGCGGGUGCACGCACUGAGCCUGCACCCUGUCUCAAGCCUGUCCGCCAUCGUCAUGACAUCCACCUGCACCAACAACACACGCGAAAACAACAGCAGCCAAACGUGCGUGCCCCUGUCCAAGAUGCCCAUCAGCCUGGCUCAUGGCAUCAUCCGCGCGAGCGUGCUGCUUAUCUUCCUCACUGCCUCCUUCGUGGGCAACAUAGUGCUGGCACUUGUGCUGCAGCGCAAGCCGCAGUUGCUGCAGGUGACCAACCGCUUCAUCUUUAACCUCCUCGUUACCGACCUGUUGCAGAUUUCUCUUGUGGCCCCCUGGGUGGUGGCCACCUCCAUGCCUCUCUUCUGGCCCCUCAACAGCCACUUCUGCACAGCCCUGGUUAGCCUCACCCACCUCUUUGCCUUUGCUAGUGUCAAUACCAUUGUGGUGGUGUCAAUAGAUCGCUACCUGUCCAUCAUCCACCCUCUUUCCUACCCAUCCAAGAUGACCCACCGCCGUGGUUACAUGCUCCUCUAUGGCACCUGGAUUGUGGCCAUCUUGCAGAGCACACCUCCCCUCUAUGGCUGGGGCCAGGCUGGUUUUGAUGAGCGUAAUGCCCUCUGCUCCAUGAUCUGGGGGGCCAGCCCCAGCUAUACGGUUCUCAGCGUGGUGUCCUUCAUUGUCAUUCCACUAGUUGUCAUGAUUGCCUGCUACUCGGUGGUGUUUGGUGCAGCCCGGCGGCAGCAUGCUUUGCUGUACAACGUCAAGAGCCACAAUAUGGAGGUGCGGGUGAAGGACCGUGUGAAGAAUGAGGAUGAACAGGGAGCAAGGGAUGAAUGCCAAGAUGAGAAUGAGUUCCACUGCCAGGAUGAAGGUGAGGCCAAGGCCAAGGAGGGCAGCACAGAGGAGGAGGAGCACCACAUGGGAACCAAGGACAGCAGCAUGAAGGCCAUAAAAAGAAGGCUGGAGUUCAGAGAGGGUAUGGUUGAGACCAGGGCGGGUGACGAGGUCAAGAAUGGCAGCACAGAGGGUGGAGAAACCAGCACUGCAAUUCAAGAGAGCAGCAUGAAGGCAGACAAGAGCCGCAAAGAAGUCAAUCAGUGCAACAUUGACCUGGGUGAAGAUGACAUAGAGUUUGGGGAAGAUGACAUCCAUUUCAGCGAGGAUGAUAUCGAGGCAGUGAACAUCCCAGAGAGCCUCCCACCCAGUCGCCGAAACAGCAACAGCAACCCUCCUCUGCCCAGGUGCUAUGAGUGCAAAGCUGCCAAAGUGAUCUUCCUCAUCAUCUUCUCCUAUGUGCUAUCUCUGGGGCCCUACUGCUUCCUAGCAGUCCUGGCCGUGUGGGUAGAUGUCCAAACCAAGGUACCCCAGUGGGUGAUCACCAUAAUAAUCUGGCUUUUCUUCCUGCAGUGUUGCAUCCAUCCCUAUAUCUAUGGUUACAUGCACAAGACUAUCAAGAAGGAAAUUCAAGAUCUGCUGAAGAAGCUCUUCUGCAAGGAAAAUCCCCCAAAAGAAGAUAGCCACCCUGACCUGCCUGGAACCGAAGCUGGCACAGAGGGUGGGACUGAAGGCAAGAUUGUCCCCUCCCAUGAUUCAGUUACUUCACCAUGAAAUUAGUUCAAAGGCAAACCUUGAACUGUCUGUCCACAAGACAGAAAACAAGAGCAGCUUUCUUUUCAGUGCACCUCUCCCAGUCUCAUUAAUGCCAACCAUACCAUUUCAGGCAAAGGUGUUGCACACACAUCCUUUUCCACCACAAAGUAGAUAUGAAACAAGUAUGACACUGGGAUCUCUUAGGAGUGUGCCCCCUCAAACCGUGAACUUGAGGAUUCAGACUGAAAUUUUUUCCCCAAAAAUUAUUAGGCUCUAAAUUUCUUAAAGCAACAAGGGCUAUCUACUUAUGGACCUGUACUUGGUAUUUUACCUGUCUCCUCCAAGCUACAACAUGGCAGCUUUAGCUCAGAGGGAAAAGGAAGGUGAUGCCUAUGGAUGUAAGGACUAUUUGAUCCUUAGAUCAGGAACUCAUGGGUCAGUGAUAGAUACACUUUAUGUUCAAUUGAAAGAGAAGCUGUGGACUAAAUGAUUUAUAGAGCCCAAGAAGCAGAACCUAGUGGAUUGAUCAAUAUACAAGCCAACUGUACUGAAGAAUCCUGCAAUCUGGUGCAAAGUCUAUUAUGCACAAUAGAACAAAGGGAGAUUGUGCAGUUCAAAUGUCAUGAAGACAUUUAGAUCCUCUAAAGGGAUCCAGAAAGGAGGGAGGGUACACAUAAAAUGGGUGCUAGUCCAAAGAGAUGGAGAAAUACAUCAUAUCC